AUGGGCGCUCCCGUCCGUGUUGUUCCCAACGCCGCGAAGCGGGCAACCAGCCUUCUUCGUACCAUUCAAUAUACGCAUCCGCCUUCAUGCCCAUGCCACUCAAACCCAGGUUACCACAAGGCUCCUCCAUCUCUAGUGCCCCGUGCGAGAGAAGCAGGUCGCCGGCGAUAUGCUACACCCGCGUCCGUGAGCCAAGAUCUGAAGGAAUAUGCCUUUGAAAUGGCAGCUUCAUCUAUCCGCUUCGGCCCGGGUGUUACGCAGGAAGUCGGCAUGGAUUUCAAGAACAUGGGCGCAAAGAAGGUGUGUGUUGUCACGGACCCUACCGUUGACAGGCUGGACGCCAUGAGGCAGGUGAGGGAGGGCUUGACAAGAGAAGGUAUUAGCUUCGAGGUCUUCUCGAAUGUGAGAAUUGAACCCAAAGACAGCUCAAUCAAGGAAGCUAUCGAAUGGGUUCGCCCGUACCGGCCAGACGCCUUUCUCGCCGUUGGCGGCGGCUCAGUCAUGGACACGGCCAAGCUAAUGAACCUUUACUUGAACUAUCCCGACGCCGACUUUUUGGACUUUGUCAAUGCUCCCCUUGGCAAGGGAAGGCCUGUCGAUAAACCCCUCUGCCCGCUUAUUGCCGUUCCGACCACCGCGGGAACAGGGAGCGAGACCACCGGCACGGCCAUCUUUGAUCUUGUAUCUGAGCGAGCCAAGACUGGUGUCGCCCACAGAAACUUGAAACCGACACUGGGAAUAUGUGACCCCACCAAUACACGAACCAUGCCUGCUGCGGUCAAGGCCAGCUCUGGACUGGAUGUGCUCUGCCACUCUCUGGAGUCUUGGACGGCCAUUCCUUACAAUGAGCGUACUCCACGCCCGCCGAACCCAAUCAUGAGACCCGCUUACCAGGGCGCCAAUCCCAUAUCCGACGUAUUCUCUUUCCAUGCUCUUCGCCGCACAGUCAAGUACCUGCCUCGAGCUGUCAAGGAUCCUGACGACUUCGAGGCGCAGAGCGAGAUGCUGCUUGCAGCUACUCUUGCUGGUGUUGGGUUUGGGAACGCAGGCGUUCACCUGUGUCACGGCAUGUCUUACCCCAUCUCUGGACAGAACCCUGGAUACAGACACGCCGGCUACGAUGUGCCCGCACCGUUGAUCCCCCACGGUGUCUCCGUCGCCGUUUCUGCUCCCGCCGUCUUCCGAUUCACUGCUGCUUCUAACCCCCAGAGACAUCUCGAGGCCGCUGAAGCUUUUGGUGUUGACACAUCCAACGUGAAGCCGGAGAGUGCCGGGGAGGUGUUGGCAGAGGCAUUGACCAAGUUCCUCGCAGACCUGGGCGACCAGCCUGCAGGUCUCAAGGACCUAGGUUUUGGCAGACAGCACAUCGACGCCCUUGUCGACGGCACCAUUCCUCAGGCUCGUGUACUGAUGCUGGCUCCCGGACUAGAUAAAGAGCUGCAAACCGAGAAGGAACAGCUCCAUAGACUGUUCGAAGACGCCAUGAGCCACUAA